AUGCCAUUGAGCGUAAACGCAAGUACCCGUACGGAUCCUUUUCUUUUUGAUUUUGAAGCAGAUCUCGGUCCAGAACCGCAAAAGGCAACAACCAUGGAAAACUCUCAGCAUUUCAUAAAGGACGAACAUGGCGACCAGCAGAACGGUCGAUUUGUUCACAACGACUUCUCCGGCUUCGGUGGCUCGGCAGGCUUUGGUAUCGACCCAUCCGAGCUCUCCAUGAAUCAACAGAGCGGACUCAUGUUCAGCAACAACAAUAACAAUAUCCAACAAUUUUCCGGCUCCGCUAUCACUGACGAUGAGCUUUUGGAUUCCCUUGGAACCUCCUAUGGGUUCCAAGGUGGGCAUAUGGGAAAUGCGUUCAACCCUAACGACAUGGACAACCUACCAGCAAGCCUGGGAGGCCAAAAUCUUCAGUUGGCAUCCAAUAUGAACACCAUGUACUCGCAUACUCCAGAGGAUGCGCCCAUCCAAUCACCAUUCGUUCGAGGAUUUCCUCAGUUCCGCCACCAUAUCCAGACGCAGCAGAUAGAGACCCCAUCUUCUUAUAAUCCAUCUCCUACUAUCAUGUCGUCUUCCGCAGAUGUUCAUGGCACUUCUUUCAGUGAUAUGAUGAUGGCCAAAAAUAAACGUAAGGCAAGACCCGAUAUUGAGCGAGCUGGUUCUAGCAAGAAUACAGUUCCUCAGAACCCCAGGCAGGGCAGUCUCUCACUCAAUACUACAGAAUCAGGCAUGCAAGCGCAGCCAAUCCAAAACUCUCACAUGGGCCGACAUGGACACCAGAAGUCCUUGUCUGGCACCUGGGAUGGUACACCGGGCUCCUUGUCCUAUAUCGAAUCCCCAAUGUCAUCUCCGGGACCAGGCUCCGCUGGUCACCGUCAAAUAUCUGACAUCCUCGGCGGCAAGCAUGCCUCACUGCCCACCAAAGUUGACGGAAUGAGCCCGAGCCAGCAAAGCCAGGAAGCCAAGAGACGACGACGACGUGAAUCUCAUAACCUUGUUGAACGUCGACGACGUGAUAACAUUAACGAACGUAUCCAAGAACUCUCCUUCCUCGUCCCUCAACAUCGUCUUGAAGACGAGAAGGUUAGAAAACACCUCCAGAAUAACACACCGCUUUCUCCGGGACUUCACGGUGUUAGCCCCCCAAGAGCUACCUCUAUGCUUGCCGGCGGUCUUGGAAGACGUGCCAGCGGGGUUGGAGCAACCGCCCUUUCUAUCCCUCUCGAGGAGAAGGACAGAGUUCCUAACAAAGGUGACAUUCUCAACGGAGCUGUCGGGUGGACUAAAGAUUUGAUGUGGGCCCUGUACCAAAAAAUCAAGCAGGAGAAAGAGAUGCAACAGAAACUCGAAUCACUCGGACAGCCCUUCCCCAUCACCAAAAACGAUGAGAUGAAGCGCAUGGAAGCUGAGUUGAUCACUGCUGUCGAAAGUGGUGUUGCCGGCACCGAGCCAUUUAGAUACUCCCGAGGACACGGCUCCGGACUUCGCGUCCCCGGAUUCACUGACCUUGCAGGUGCUCCUCUCAACGGACAAGCCGACCACGGCGGCCUCCCUAUCAACAACCAGCAAUUCUGGCACAAUACCGGCUCCGCUGACAUGAGCGGUAGCCUUGCUUUCAAGGAGGAAGAUGAAUUCGGUAUGGACGUCUCCUAA